CAAUGACAGUUUCCGUCAGUUUGACUUGCGAAUCGUAACCGCGUUGAGGAGGGAGCUUUUUUUUUAAAUUCCAAUUUCAGUUGUAACGAAAAUUUCAUCGUUUCAAACUAUCGGUCGAUAUCGAUAACAAUAUCAGAUACAUAAAAAUAUAUAUUUUUUUUAGAUAAGUAACGUUACUUAAACUCUAAACUUCCAGCUCGAGGCCCAGCAGAGAGCUCAAGCAGCAGCUCCGAAAAGUUUGUUGUUGUCACGUGAUGUGCUACGAAUGUGGCGAUAAAAGUUUGUUUCGAUAGUAAACCUAGGUGGCGUAAGUUACUAACGUUACAUUAUUAAAACCUACUGAACAACGAUUUCACCAAAAUGCCUCAACCAAAACAUCGAAAGAUUGCUGUUAUAGGUUACAGGUCUGUAGGAAAGUCAUCUCUUACAAUACAGUUUGUGGAAGGACAGUUUGUUGACUCCUAUGACCCCACCAUCGAAAACACCUUUAACAAAUUGGUCAGCGUGAACGGUCAAGACUUCAAUCUUCAGCUGGUUGAUACAGCUGGACAAGAUGAGUACUCCAUUUUUCACCAAUCCCACUCAAUGGACAUCCAUGGGUAUGUCCUUGUCUAUUCAGUGACUUCCAAUAAAAGUUUUGAAGUUGUGCAGGUUCUACACGACAAGCUGCUAGACAUGGUUGGAAAGAUUCAGGUCCCAACUGUUCUUGUAGGGAACAAAAAAGAUCUCCACAUGGAAAGGGUUAUCAAGCCAGAAGAGGGAAAGAAACUUGCUGAUUCCUGGGGUGCUGCAUUCAUGGAGUCCUCAGCCAAGGAGAAUGAGACAGCUGUGGAGGUUUUCAAGCGGAUCAUUUUGGAGAUGGAGAAAGCUGAUGGAAAUGCACCCCCAGAGGAGAAGAAGUGCGCCGUGAUGUAAAUUUGUAUCCAGGACAUCCGUAAGCUAAUUUGCUGAAGACAGAAGGCACAACUUCACCAGCUUGCCAACCAUGACCUCACCGACACCAAGACACUGCAGUUGAACUUUUCUGCUCCAUUGUGAUACCAGAUUGAUUUACUUAGCAAGGCAACUGCCCAGACAUUUGAUAAACCAUCCAACUAAUUGUAACCACAGGGAGAAUGUUCUCAGAGCAAGACUAAUCUUUGUUUUAGACAAAGAUGCACCGUCGGUGAACACUUUCUUUAAAUAUUGAAUGAAAUGUAAUCUAUAACUGGGCAAAAUCUUGACUUUGAGUUCAACCAAAUGCCCAGAAAACAAAAUAAUAUUGCCAAACAUUGGUCCCAAUUAUUGCAUAAAAUGUUUUUGUCAACGUAUUAUGGUAAUAACUACUUGUAAAUCUGAUGAUUGAGACAUCAUUGGCUUAUGUCUCAUAUUUCAUGAGUAGUUGAGUUAAUGUACAUGUAGGGCUGGUUAAUAACCUUUUUAAGGACUGGUAUUAUUUCAACAGUUUUUUUAUUUUUAUUUUUUGUUUUUUGUUUUUUUUUACAGUGAUGGAGAGUCACAGUUCACAUUGCUUUAAAUGUGGUGAUAAAAUGUCAGUAUCUCACAAAAGGUGGAUUUCCUUGAACACCCUGGAAUGAGAUUUCACAUAAGAAAUUUCAGUUCUCACUGUAAUUGUUUAUCAACUCAUCAUCGGGUACCUUUCACCAAUGAAAUCUUGAACUGUCUUCGUGAUGGAGGAAUCUUUUUGUAUCUACCAACUCACAUUUUAAGCUCUUCUGCUAAGCAGAUUAGUACUCUUUGAUUGUUUCUACAGUUUAAUUUCUCCUUAUUGACUGUAAUAAAGAUGUUCUCUUUUGGAUAACCCUCAGAGAAAUUUAGUAUAGAUUGGGCUAGAUCUUAGGUAUUUACCAGCUAUGGCCUUUUUAUACAAUAUAAUAGAAUCUUAGAAAUUGAUUUAAUGCUAUUGGUUAUAUUUUGAGUGGUGCAGGUUUGCUCUCCGUUCAAUAUCCUAAGUAGAAUAUAUUCUUAUAACUGCGUUAUAAUUAUGAACAUUCUUGAGUUGCAAUUUUUAAAUUGCAUUUUAACACUGCGUAAGAUUAUUUAAAUGGCUAAAGGCUACAGAGUUGGCUAACUAAUUGUUGAGCUCAUGGUUUUGAUUUGAUGGUUCAUGCAAGCCAAACCAGUCCAGGAUCACAUGCAUUUCAUUUAUAUUGCAUAUUGUGGACUUGCAUGUUUACCGUCAAGAUGCUUGAGAUCCCAAAUGACUUGGUUUUCUUAGGUCCUGUAGCAUUACAAAGACCCCCCACUCUCAUACACAAACCCAUAAUCCUCAUGUUGUACCUGUAGUGGGUAAUUAUAACUUUUUUAUCAAGUGCUUUGCUGAGUAAGUAGUUGACUGAUUGAUGGUGGUUGACCAGAAGCUGGGGAUGCUGUGUCUUGUGCCUUAUAGUUCCUCAAACUUCCCCAUCUGCUUCCCUUCAUAACUCAAGGUGCUCUUGAAGUGUUUUUGUUUUUUUUUCUUCCCAUCUGUUGACUUGAUACUAUGUUACAGGUGGUGUUGUGCACCUGAACACCAGUACCCCCUUGUGGGUUAAUGUUAAUUCAGAAAUCUUGCUGUAAACAGUUUUGUAUAUAAAUAAAUCUGUUACUCAUU